AUGGUCGAGUACAUUCCUCCUCCUGAGCCGAGACAGCUUCUGGCGCCGCUGCUUGCUUGUCUUCCCCUCGGCUUUGCGGCUUCGCGGCCGCCACCAGUGCUGCUGCCGCUGCUCUCUCCGGUCCUUCGACAGCGAGUACAGCUGCUGGGUGGUGCAGGUGCAGGUUCGGGGUCUGCUUCGUCGGCGGACUCGUGGCUUCGUCUGCUGUGCUGGGGCCCGGCCAAUGCUGCCGAAGUGGAGAGGAUUGUGGGCGAGGCAGAGAGCUCGUUUGAACCACACCCUGUGUCCGGAGAGAUAGAGAUCCCUGACGAUAUCACAAUAGCGUAUAGAUGGUUUGAUGCCGAGACGCUGCGGUGUCAGCUCCCGCUGGACGAGUUUGGGCUGACGGUGGUGUACGUGUGGUGUCCCACGGACCAAGAAGGUGGUGGUGCCGGAUGGAGAGUCGCUGAAGUUCUCCCCCUGGAUGCUCUGAGAGACGACGAGGGUGCCUGGUUUGGCUCUGUCGAGCAGGCCAACGAGGCCCUACGAGAGUUGGCGGCCAAGGAAGGGUCGAAAGAGACGGCUCAGAGCUCAAAGGCCAGCAUUCCUUUCAUUGUCCACGAGGAGGAUAAUGGAGACGAGGACGACUACUGGGCCCAGUACGACACUGUGCAGUCGCGAACGCCGGCGAACGGUGCAGUCAGCAUAGGCCAAGAUCAGCACGACAGCAGCCACAGAGGGGAGCAGAUGUCUGAUACUGCGUACUACAACCAGUACUCCAAUGUCCAGCCUGCCCUGGACAGCGAUGACCCUACCGUCGACAAGGCUGACGUCGGAGACUCUUCUCUCAACGGCAAUACCCUGGAGGAAAUCUUCAAGCGGCAGAUGGGCAGCAUACUUCAGCAGCAACAGCUUCAGUCCCAGUCCCAGUCCGCCGCACCUGAGCGAGGAAGACAGCCGGCCGAAGAGCCAGAUCUACCACUCAGCCACCCACGUCCCGCAUCUGCCUCGUCCUCGAACAGAUCCGACGCUAUUUCCAAACUCGAGUACUCGGCAGAGUGCCAGUCGGCCUCUGAGAUGGCCAUCCGCCAGCACAUCUCGACCAACGUCAAGAGCAUGUUCCGCCUUGCCCGGGCAGCCGGUAUAUCGAGAGCAGAGUACCAGGCCAUGAUAACGAGAGAACUCGACCUGCUUGAAAUGAUGGAAAAUGACGAUUAA